UCCAAGUUGGAAGUGGUUGUCCCUGGUGUAUCUCUGUGGAUGCUAGCUCAAUUAAAAAAUUUUUCUUUUCUUUCAUCUAUCUUUUAUUAUUUAUUUUCUGCAUGCAGCGAAGAACUGAAGAUCUCCCCCACGAGAAAAAUUCCCCCUCUGGAUGAGCAUUUCAGGUUUAGAAGGACCAGAGAUGACUUGCCCUCAACUAAGGAAAGGUGCAAGAUUAUGUAAGUAUUUGCUUUUAGGUUUUUUGUUUUUUUUUUUUAACCUCCUCCCCUCCCUUCCCCUUCUCCUUCCACUUUUCUCUAUCACCACCCUCCUUGGAGUUAAAGAGGAGAGCCAAGAAAAGGACAGCCACAGACAGACGAAGUGGUCCCCGGACUGCUGCCCUAUGUCGCCGAGAGAAGCGGGCCUCAGGGCAAGCCGGCUGUGGGUGGUGGGGAGCCAGCUCCAGCCUGACUACGAAUCCCAUUCCAACAGCACUCCCUUCCCACUGGGGAGGCGGCCUUCCGUCCCCGGCCCCUGCCGGGAGGUGGAGGCUGACCCCAUGUGAAAGGCUCAGCGAUCCAGAGUCGGGCGACACGCAGGUUCUGGCGGAAAGUUGGCAGCCACCGCCCUCUCUCCCGGCUCCCUCCCCGACACUACCCCCCGCCCCGGGCGCUACGGCGGGGGUGGGGGUGGGGGGAACUGGCCUAGUGUUCCGGAACAGCUGCAGCCGGCGCUGGGCCCGCCUGGAAUGCGGGGACAGGCUGCGCACCAGGACUUUUAUGGAAACUUGCUGGUGGAGACGGCGACGACGGCGGCGGCCAAAGGGCUCCCAGCGGCCGGAGCGGCAGCGGCCGGAGCGCCCAGACCCCCGCCCAUACCCAGGCGCAGGACGCGCACAGCCUCUCCGCGCGCAACGAGGACACUCGCUCAUCGCCGGCUCCUGGCGGGAUUCUUUUCUUGUGUUGCCGGAUCUCUGGGAAGCCGUGUGUGCCAGCCCCGGGUACAGUAUCUGCCAUCCAGUGCAAAAAUAUACAAAACUCCAAAAUCACCCUGGUAACACAUACAGCAGACAUGAAUGAUAUUUCCCAAAAGGCUGAGAUUCUGCUUUCUUCAUCUAAACCUGUCCCAAAAACCUAUGUGCCAAAACUUGGCAAGGGUGAUGUAAAGGAUAAGUUUGAAGCCAUGCAGAGAGCCAGGGAAGAAAGAAAUCAAAGGAGAUCUAGAGAUGAAAAACAAAGAAGAAAAGAACAAUAUAUUAGAGAGAGAGAAUGGAACAGGAGAAAGCAGGAGAUUAAAGAAAUGCUUGCUUCUGAUGAUGAGGAAGAGGUAUCUUCGAAAGUAGAAAAGGCUUAUGUCCCAAAGCUAACAGGAACUGUUAAAGGUAGAUUUGCUGAAAUGGAGAAACAAAGACAAGAGGAACAAAGAAAGAGGACGGAGGAGGAACGAAGACGCAGAAUUGAGCAGGAUAUGUUAGAGAAGAGGAAGAUAGAACGUGAAUUAGCAAAAAGGGCUGAGCAGGAAGGAGACGAAUCACUGCUUGUAACAGUGGUACCUGUCAAAUCACAAAAAACUUCUGGAAAGAUGAAGAAUUUUGAGGAUCUAGAGAAAGAACGAGAAGAAAAAGAAAGGGUCAAAUAUGAAGAAGAUAAAAGAAUAAGAUAUGAAGAACAACGGCGAUCUCUCAAGGAAGCAAAGUGUCUUUCAUUGGUCGUGGAUGAUGAACUAGAAAGCGAGGCAAAAAAAGAAUCCCUUUCUCCUGGAAAACUGAAACUAACUUUUGAAGAAUUGGAAAGACAAAGACAAGAAAACCGAAGGAGGCAAGCUGAAGAGGAAGCAAGACAACGUUUAGAAGAAGAGAAGCGUGCUUUUGAAGAAGCAAGGCGGCAAAUGGUAAAUGAAGAGGAGGAAAACCAAGACACAGAAAAAAUUUUAAAAGGGUACCGCCCUGGUAAACUCAAACUCAGUUUUGAAGAAAUAGAAAGACAAAGGAGAGAAGAUGAAAAAAGGAAAGCAGAAGAAGAAGCCAGGAGGAGAAUAGAGGAAGAAAAGAAGGCAUUUGCUGAAGCAAGGAGAAGCAUGGUAGUAGAUGAUGACUUCCCAGAGAUGUAUAAAACAAUUUCUCAAGAAUCUCUUACACCGGGAAAACUGGAAAUUAAUUUUGAAGAAUUACUAAAACAAAAAAUGGAAGAAGAAAAACGACGAACAGAGGAGGAAAGGAAGCAUAAGCUAGAGAUGGAAAAACAGGAAUUUGAACAACUGAGACAAGAAAUGGGAGAGGAAGAGGAAGAACAUGAAACCUUCGAAUUGAGUAGGGAAUAUGAAGAAUUAAUCAAAUUGAAAAGAAGUGGCUCUAUUCAAGCCAAAAAUCUAAAAAGCAAGUUUGAAAAGAUUGGACAAUUGUCUGAAAAAGAAAUACAGAAAAAAAUAGAAGAAGAACGAGCAAGGAGGAGAGCAAUUGACCUUGAAAUUAAAGAGCGAGAAGCAGAAAACUUUCAUGAGGAAGAAGAUGUUGAUGUCAAACCUGCAAAAAAAAGUGAGGCCCCAUUUACUCAUAAAGUGAACAUGAAAGCUAGAUUUGAACAAAUGGCUAAGGCAAGAGAAGAAGAAGAACAAAGAAGAAUUGAAGAGCAAAAGUUACUACGGAUGCAGUUUGAACAAAAGGAAAUUGAUGCAGCACUACAAAAGAAAAGAGAAGAGGAGGAGGAAGAAGAGGGUGGUAGCAUCAUGAAUGGCUCCACUAUUGAAGAUGACGAGCAAACGAGAUCAGGAGCUCCGUGGUUCAAGAAGCCUCUAAAAAACACAUCGGUUGUAGACAGUGAGCCAGUUAGAUUUACUGUUAAAGUAACAGGAGAACCCAAACCGGAAAUUACAUGGUGGUUUGAAGGAGAAAUACUGCAGGAUGGAGAAGACUACCAAUAUAUUGAAAGAGGAGAAACUUACUGCCUUUAUUUACCAGAAACUUUCCCAGAAGAUGAAGGAGAGUAUAUGUGUAAAGCAGUCAACAACAAAGGCUCUGCAGCUAGUACCUGUAUUCUUACAAUUGAAACUGACGACUACUAGCUCCCCUCCCCUCUCCCUGGAACUUUCUCUCCCUGCCCCCCCCGACUUUCUUACUACACCCAUGUUUUCUGUGGCGGGGCCAAAAUGGAAACCAGAAGUGCCACUAUGUUGACUUUCUAUUCCUUUUCAUAAUAGUCUUCAAAACACAAGCUCAUCUAAGGAAUAACUUCUUCCUUUCCAAAUGAUCACCAGAUUCAUCGCCAUAUUAUGCAGAAGUUAAGGUGUAUCUAAUGGGGUAAAAUGGAAAAUUUACUCAAUUAUUAAAAUACAUUAUUUUGCAUGAAAGAAUGUCAUUUAUGAGCUAUUUUCACCGAAAAUUAGUCCAAGAUAGUAGAGACUUAAUUUGGAACCUAUCAAUUUGAGUUUUCCUUAAUACAUCAUUUUCCUUGUAGUUUCAAAGUCUUUCUGAAGCAGAGAGGGGGAAGGGGUACCAUUCCUUUCAAGGGAAAGGGGAAGCAUGGAGAACAAAAGGAGGACUUUAAAGAAACAACUGCCAGAGAAAACUUAAUGGAAACCACUGCCUAUAGAGUUCUGAAUGUUGAGAAUAAAUAUUAACAUGUACUUUUCAAAUGUGUGUAAUAUAUAUUCAAGCUUAUAAAGUCAAUUUAUGUUGUGACCUAACUUGAACAAAUUGUUUAGUGAGAAAACUUUGUAUCAGUAGUUUAUGCAGGAGAAAACACUUUCAACAUAAUGAACGAUUUCAAGAUCUAAGAAAAAAAAAAAGGCACAAUAUUCAAUUUUAAAAUCUGGUCUUCAAGUUUGUAAAUAAUUAACUACCAUGUUCUAGUACCAACUUGUUUUGUAUUUUAGUUUUCUGGAAGACAACUGUAUUUUACAAUGUAAACUCAGUAAAGUAACUUCUGUAUUAAAAAAUAAAGUCAAUAUUUUAGAAAAGAAAAACACUCCUUUAUAAUAUUGAUCAAUGUACAUUUAUUUUUUUUAUUGAGGAAACCAUAAUCAAUACAAAAUUACAGCAAUCAUGUGCCCUUUUACAUACAAUGUCAUUAAAGCAAACUCUAAACCACA